AUGGAAGGAGCGACUAAUAAUCAGCCAGGUUUCGAUCGAAGCCAUGUGGCAGAAAUGGAAGAAGCAGCAAAUAUAAUUAUGUCACCGAAUAUUUCGUAUGAUGCUCGAAAAGCUGCCGAACAUUUCUUCCUUAGUAUUCGUAACGGGAAAUUUUCUGCAGAAUAUUGUCGUCUAGUAAUUGAAGCAACAUCCAAUGAAUUUGUGAUCUUUGAAAUGGUCCAACUUAUGGUUAUGAAUCUUUUCAAGCAAUGGUCCAUAUUGCAACCACCGAUUUUUCGUCAAUGUUUUGAAUAUCUUCUAGAAAACGCUGUUCACAAAUUUAGGGCCUCAAAGUUGAUUCGAGUCGAGAUGCUAAGAGCAUGUGCGAAGUUACUGAAGCGAUCUAUUUUUGAUGGUAAAGCUUGUGAUGCAGAUACAGUGGAUCAAACUGUCCAUUUCCUGUUGACUAAUGAAGACCCGCAACUUCAAGCGAUUGCAUGUGAAUUCAUCGAAGCAAUUGCCAGUGAAUUUGUGACAUCGUGGAGGAUGUCUAAUCUUGGAAUCAGUUUUGAUUUUCAUCUCAGGGCUAGGCGUUCAUUUGAGGUUUCAUUUCUGUAG